AUGUUUAAGAAGGAACCUCACAUCAAAGCUUUGAGUAAUCUAAAAAACUCUGAAAGAAAGAAGUUACUCCAAACUUGUAAAAAACAGACGAAUAAUGAGGAGUACACAUUUCCAACCUCGACUAUAAAGCAAACGAACUUUAGUGGUCAAAAGAAUUUUGGGACAGUGUAUACAGACGAAAAUAAUAUUCCGAUAUUAUUCAAAGAAAAGCAUAAUGAACAACUUUUUCCCACCGUAUACUCCUGUUGGGAGAACCAUACACUAUUACCUAUUGUCUUAACUCACGGAUUUGUUAUAGAAGAGCAUUUGUUUAAUGGUGCUAACUUGAUGAUUUCCGGCUCAAUUCCGCCUUUUAAUCCUCAUUGCAAAAUAGGCACUCUCUGUGGUGUGGCUAGUAGACAAGCUCCUAAGCUUGUUUUAGCCAUAGGUAUUGUUGAAAUGGAUCUUCCUUCCUACAAUAGAGUAAUCGGUGAAACGGGUAUUGCCGUGAAAAUCAUUCAUCAUUUUAAUGACGGUCUUUCGAAAGCCUUCAAAGUAAAGUUAGAACCGCCAAGUGCUUUCCAUGUUGCGUCAGAAGAUGAGGAUAUCAACAACACACAGAUCGAAUUCCAAGAAGAAACUAAAAUUGUUGAAAAGACACGUGAAAACGUACAAGAGAUAAACACAAAUAUUGAAGAAAUUGCUGAAGUUUUGGAUCACUUAUCCGUCUCGGACGUGGACUAUUUCAUUACAAGGGCAUUAUAUUAUACGUUAACACAAGAUAAAAGUUUGGCGUUACCUAUUUCUGCCUCAAAUUUUAUUUCAAACCACAUUAUGCGGAAUUUGCCUCCGAUUGAUCACAACGAAGUCAACGUUAAGAAGACUUCGUGGAAGAAGAGUGCAAAAUUUUUGAAACAUUUCGAAAAAGAAGGCUUCUUAAAAUUGAAAGGAAAGGGAGACGAUUUAACCAUUAUUGGUAAAAACACUGGUAAGGAUGAACUAAAAAAUUUCGUGCCGUAUAAGCUUGGAGCUAACAAUUCCGUCAAGGAAAAAGGUGAGAACACCAACUCCAAAGAAAAGGCAUCUGGAAUGAUGUAUUCGUUGACACUAUAUAAACCGUUUAAUCUUGCGAAGGACUUUGUGAAGGAGGCCAAUUUAUCCUUUCAGACAUACUACACCUCUCAAGAUAUUAGAAACGCUAUUACUCAAUACAUUUCUAUCAAAAACUUGGUAGAUACAAAGGACAAAGGAAAGGUAGUUAUGGAUGACUUAUUAUACAACAUGGUUAAUAAAAAAAAGAGUACUCCCGAUGUAGCACGUAUCAUACCUAGAGCCCAAAUCUUGGAUCCUUUACUGGCCAAUAAUUUUACUGAGUUUUACCAAAUAUAUAAAAGCGAUGAUACGCUUUUGUCUAGAACACCAAUGAAGGGUUCUCUGCCACGCAUUAAGAUUGUCACAGAAAUGAAAAUUGGCAGAAAAGUUAUCACUAAAGUUAGCAAUUUUGAAACACUUCAAAUCGACCCAGAAUUGCUUGCUGCUGACUUAAGAAAGAUCUGUAGUGGGUCCACCACUAUUGGUGAAUCGCAAACAUUCAAAAGUGCUGAAGUGCAAGUUCAAGGCCCACAUGGCCAGUUAAUUAUUGAUCAUCUUAACAAAUUGGGUGUUCCGAACAAAUGGGUAGAUUUUGAAAAUAAAUUGAAAAAGAAAAAAAAAAAGUAG